GACUGAGGUGGGGAGAGAGGGGGGAGUGGGAGUGAGGUGGGAGAUAGUGAGGAGGGGGAGGGGGCAGUGCGGCCAUGAUGGAGGCUGCGGGCUCGGCCCUGGACAAGGCUCCGGCCGACCUUUCUGUCACGGAUGUUUACGACAUCGCGGCGCUGGUGGGCCAGGAGUUCGAGCGCAUCAUCGACACGUUCGGCUGCGACGCCAUCGCCAAGCUGCUGCCCAAGGUGGUGCGGGUGCUGGAGAUGCUGGAGGGGCUGGUGGGCCGCGACCACAACAACCCCGAGCUGGGGGAGCUGCGCCUGGAGCUCGGCCGUCUGCGGUUGGAGAGGGGCGAACGCAUCGAGAAGGAGCGCAAACACCAGCAGGAGCUGGUGCUGGUGGAGGAUGUGUGGAGAGGUGAGGCCCAGGACCUGCUGUCACAGAUCGCCCAGCUUCAGGAGGAUAACAAGCAGCUGAUGACGAACUUGUCCCACAAAGACACGCAUCUCACCGAGGAAGAAAUCCUCAGGCAGGAAGCCGGAAUGUCAGAGAGAGAGCGCCUGGUGAUGAAGAAGCUGAAGGAGGUCGUGGACAAACAGCGGGACGAGAUCCGAGCCAAGGACCGGGAGCUGACACUGAAGAAUGAUGACGUGGAGGCUUUGCAGCUGCAGCAGAACCGGCUGAUGCGAAUCAACCACGAGCUGCGGCACAAGGUGACGGUGAUGGAUGCGCAGGGCAAGGGGCUGAUCGAGCAGAAGGUGGAGCUGGAGACCAGGCUACAGACCAGGGAGCAGCAGAUGGGCAAACUACGGCAGAGGGCCCAGGGCCAGCACCUGGAGAACGGCGCCCACCAGGGACCACCGAUGGAGGGGGAGACGGUGGGGGAGGAGGAGGUGCCCCUGGGGGAGGAGUCCCCGACGGAUGGCAGCGAAGCCAACCGGCCGCGCUUCACGCUGCAGGAGCUGCGUGACGUCCUGCACGAGCGCAACGAGCUGAAGGCCAAAGUGUUCAUGCUGCAGGAGGAGAUGGCAUACUACCGCAGUGAGGAACAGGAGGACAGCACCGGCUGCAUGGACCCCCCGCCCCACCCACCCGUGCAGCCCCGCCCAGCAACGCAGCCCGACUCCGGCAUCCGCCGGCUGUUUAAUUUAUUUUCACGAGACAAGCGAGCGGAGAGCCGCCUGCGGAUAACAGGAUCGGCUGGGACUUGGGCAGAUUCAGACCAGGAUGGGGUUGUCACAGAGCAAGGACAAGAGGCUCUGCCACAUCUAUAACCCAUUGCUGGGCUAGCAAGGCCAACAACCACCUGCUCUCAAUCCAGAGAACAUUUAAAUAUUGACAUUCACAAAUCUAACCAAGCCCAAGUAACGCUGGUUGGAGUGGACAGUCUGUUGGAGAACUGUUGUCAUGUAAUCACUAACCAUGUUCGGGAAAGGUUAAUCAAUGUGUGGAGAUCAUUGUAUUGGAGUAGUAACAAUAGAUUUGUAACUUGCAGUAUUAUAUCCAAACCCAAAGGACUUCUCCCUCUGAGUUAUGCAGCUUUUGCCUCUACUAACCACGUGCUUGGAGGAGUUAAACCGUCUUUCUCACGUUGCACUUUGACAGUUUGGAAUUGGAACAUCCAGACGAUGAGAAGAAACAGAUUUUCACUCCGUAUUUUUCUUGGUUUCCAGCAGUCAGCUGCUGUCACCUGCCAAACCUCGACCUGACUUCUGAUGAUCUGAGGUAGACAAAAGUGCUGGAGAAACUCAGCGGGUGCAGCAGCAUCUAUGGAGUGAUGGAAAUAGGCAACGUUUCGGGCCGAGACCCUUCUUCAGACUGAUGGAGGGGGGGGGGGUGCGGGGAGAAGAAGGGGGGGAGCAGUUAGAGAGGAGGUUGUGAAACUGUCCCCGGAGGGAGGAGGAGAACUUCUUCAAAGUAGGCAUAGCUUGAGGAGAUUUCGCAGUGGAGUAGGCAAAGUGUUUAAGAAGGAACUCUGAUCUUGGUAGUCGAGCCAGUCAGUCUUGUGUCUGAUGUCCCUCACAGCCCCGUGUAAACCACGAGCUGUGGAAAGUCAGCUGCCGCCCGCCGUUCCUUCAGCUGCGCGCAGUUUGUUUGGAGCGGUUUGUAAAGUAACCGCUGGAAGGCUGGUUGUCAGUGACACCAUGCCUCUGGUUCAGAGAAGCAGAGUACGGAUGAAGUGGACAGCAGGGGCAUUGCAACAUCUAUGUCCAACCAAGCUGGAGGUAAAACAGCUCAAAGGAACAAUUUCAUUAAAAUACUCCCUAUUUUCCCCCACACAGUUCAUUGGCUGAGUCUUCAAAACCCUGACGUACAAAACCUCUGCUGAAGGAAGUCAGUGAAACAUUCUCCAGAAGAGAGAGUGUUCUCCAGUGAAUCCCUUUCCAUUGCUUCACAUUGAGUGUGUUCCAGCAGAGAGUGACUGUAGAGAAGGUGUCAGCGUGUGUGAGGAGGCUGUGUUACCUUUGCUGUGAAGAGUGAGCCUGGCUUUCUCCGUGUCUGUUCAGGCUUUGUACAGGUGGAGCUGGUGAUGAAAGGUCUGUGUUCAACCUGCCGCUGGGUCAGUCAGCAGCCGCAGGCAGACACUGCUGGGAUUGUGACUGUGGCAUAGUCUCAGCCCUUGUGGCCCUAGUGUGAACCGUGUGUUUCUCUCUCCGCUGAUGCUGCCUGACCUGCUGGGCAUCUCACCUUGGGUUUCAUUUCAGAUUCCCACGAUUUACCAUUUUUUGCUUUUCUACUAAUAUAGUCAAACCACUUCAGUGUUUAAUCAGUUAUUCAUUAAAAAUACAUAAGUCACUGA